GAAAGUCUGAAACAAAUAAAAAUGGGAAAAUGAAAAAUCAUUAGCUUUCGGAAGCGGAAAUUGGACUGAUCCUUUCUCUCUCUCUCUCUCUUUCUCCUCAACGCCUCUUCCUUUCAAUUUAAUCCAACAAUAAUAAUUAUUCGCAAAAAAACGUUGAACAGAUACCAUCAUCAUCACCCACAUCAUCAGAAUUUCAAGGUCUUGUAUUGCAAGGUUAUUGAGGAUAUGAUGGUGUGUGUGGAGUAGAGCCGGUGUUUGUGUAGAAGAUGAAAAGGGAACAGCAAGAGGGAUGCCGAGCUUUGAUUCACAAUUGCCCAAUUCCAAUGCAUGCUAUACAGAGGGAAGCGCAAUUGAUUCUUUUUGUGUGUUUGACUUUGAUCAAUCAGUUGGAUAUCGCAUAGAGGAUUGUGUUGCCUUGAGGGGAAACUCAGUUUUUGACUCACUAAAAGUAAGUAGCCAAACAAUUUCUCGGGGUCCUGUUGAAGUUGAUUCCUUUGAUAAGUUACCAACUUCACUCAAUAAAAACCCAUUAACAAGCCAAACAGAGCGACAAAGAUUGCAAUUACAAAAGGUUCAAUUAUCAAAUCUGGUCAGUGGGGAUACGGAACACCAGGAAGAGUCUGCCAUGGCUGACGCCAGUCCUAGAACUGAUAUUUCUACAGAUGUUGACACUGAUGAUAAGAAUCCACGGUUUGAUAGAAGUCAGUCCCUUGUUGCUGUGGUUUCUGACUCCAGUGACAGAUCAAAGGAUAAAUCAGAUCAGAAGACUCUCCGAAGGCUUGCUCAGAAUCGUGAGGCAGCAAGAAAAAGUCGGUUGAGAAAGAAAGCUUAUGUUCAACAGCUUGAAAGUAGUCGCUUAAAGUUAACCCAACUGGAGCAAGAGCUUCAGCGAGCUAGGCAGCAGGGAAUCAUUAUAUCAAACUCAGGUGAUCAAGCACAUUCAAUGAGUGGAAAUGGGGCUAUGGCAUUUGAUGUAGAGUAUGCAAGAUGGCUGGAAGAGCAGAAUCGACAAGUUAAUGAGCUAAGAGCAGCUGUAAAUUCCCAUGCAGGUGAUACAGAACUUCGCAUGAUUAUCGAUGGUAUAAUGGCACAUUAUGAUGAGAUAUUUAGGCUGAAGGCCGAUGCAGCUAAGGCUGAUGUCUUCCAUUUGUUGUCUGGAAUGUGGAAGACACCAGCAGAGAGGUGUUUUCUAUGGCUUGGUGGUUUUCGGUCAUCUGAACUCCUCAAGCUCCUGGUAAAUCAGUUGGAACCUCUGACAGAGCAACAGUUAGUGGGUAUUACCAACUUGCAGCAAUCUUCCCAACAGGCCGAAGAUGCAUUGUCUCAGGGCAUGGAAGCAUUGCAACAGUCCCUUUCUGAGACAUUAUCCACUGGAUCACUUGGCUCCUCUGGUUCAUCAGGCAAUGUGGCAAAUUACAUGGGUCAAAUGGCUAUGGCCAUGGGUAAACUAGGGACACUUGAGGGGUUCAUUAAGCAGGCUGACAAUUUGCGCCAGCAGACUUUGCAACAAAUUCACCGCAUAUUGACAACUCGGCAAUCGGCUCGUGCACUACUUGCAAUACAUGACUACUUUUCUAGGUUGCGUGCCCUUAGCUCUCUUUGGCUUGCCCGCCCAAGAGACUGAUGGGUGGUAAAUAGUGUCAUUAAUUUUCAUGGAUCUGGCACCAGAAUCAUUUGUCAUAGGUUUUUCACUCUUGCAAUUUUACUGUGUUGUAGUUUUCAUAUUACUGAUAUUAGUGUUUCAGUAAGUUAUAAUUCAGAAACUGAAUUGGUGACAUGACAAGGGUAUGCAUUUUGUUUAUUACUACUAAUGUGAUAAUAUUGUCCAUUGUAACACAGUUGAAGGGAUUUAGA